UUCACCAGGUUUCACUCAGCCUUCAGGGUGCCCACAACAGCAGGAGAGCUGCUGCUUUUAGUUCCUGGCUGAGUGCAGGAGGGGGGGCUGGCGGCAAGAUUCGGCUGUGUGGAGCUCCGGCUCGUUGAACACAGGUUUUGGAGCAGGUGAACUUGACUGCCGACCAGUUGCCUUCCAUCAAGCUAAGAGGGGGCCACUGAAAGGUGCUGGACUGAAGCAUCAGUCAUUUUUCAGCUGUCUUUUUCAGGCACUCGGAUUGCAAGCGGAUGUGAUCCUAUUUGACACUACUCUUUGGCCUAGACUUCUUCACGGUUGUCGGGGAGCAUCUCAGUCGACAUCGCAUACCUUGUGGGUCCCACGGUCACAAGGUUUCAAGCAUGCCUUCUCAAGCAGUAGCUCUGCGCGGUUCAGCAGCACGGGCACUGCAGUUGGUUCCCAACGCUCAGGCUGGCAAGUCCUCCUGCUUCCGAGGCUAUGUUUGCCCAAGUCCAUUCUGUAAGGACGACUUCAGAGAGCUUUCCAGCAGCUUUGCCUGCAGCAGCUACAGCAGCGAGAAGUUGCUAGGGACGAGUUGGCAGCCUAAUGUGAGGCAGGCGCCCUGCAGAAGGACGAACAUGAAGGUUAGAUCUGCGGCUGCCCCUGUAGGGUUGGGGCCAGAAGACGAUGGUGAGGAAGGGGAUAUGGGGCAGAGUAGCACCCAAGACCUCCGGAACCGAUUAAAUGCAAUGCUGGAGGAUGAUAGCCAGAGCUUCCGGGGUGCGGACCUCGCAAACCUCAUUCGGGAGAAGUAUGGCAAGUCUUAUGAUGCCAUCUUCAUUCAAAAGGAUUUCAUGGGUCGGAAGCUGUUAGCGCUCAACAUCAUGUGGAAGUAUCAAGAGCAGAGAUCCUUCCCCUUGACUGAGGACGAGUACAUCUACCGCCUUGAUGGCAUUGCGGAGACUCUGCGAGAAUGGGGAGCAGUGUCAAUGGUCAAGAAUUCGCUGAAGAGCACUCGCGAAAGACCUCGGAUUGGCAAGGCGGUAAGUUUGAUGAUCGACCCCGAAUUGCUUGGAGCAAGAGGAAACGAGUGGCUCACAAGUUGAGUUUCUGGUCAAUUGCGAUUUGGCCGAUUUGAUGGAGCAAUCUUAAGAGUGUCCUUGUAGUGUCCGGAAGGUCUGUCUGUUCAACGCUCCAAUAGAAUGUAGGCGUACAUGUACAUUGAUUGCUUGAGCACAUUGCGUAGGUUAAGGUUUACAAACAUGUCAACUGUAACUUUCUGGUCGUCGGACAACAAACUCGAGUCCCCUUUUUGCUCUCCAAUAAGGAGUGUCGUCAUGGCAUCAGCUGAGGGCCAUGGUCAAAGAUUGCUGCGCUACAUCAGAUUAUUGUAACCGAAACUUCAGAGGUUAUUGAGCUUGCUGUCAGUCCAAUCUAGAAUUCUGAGUCGGUUUGUGUGGUGUCAGUGGCUACUUAAUGCUCAAAAUUGAAAGGAUGAUGUGCAACCGCAGCAAUUCAGUAC